UCUAUUUUGGCACACAAAAUAUGCACAAGAGUUCCAUUUCUGAAAACUUUCUAACCACUGUCUCAAUCAUUCAAAUGAUAAGACUUUAGCUAAAUUACUAACUCUCAUCAAAAUUUAAAGAAUUUAUAUAGCGUUAUAAAAAAACAAAAAAACAACAACAAACAAACUAUGAAACAAAGGAGUCCCAUCUUUGUUGUCUUUGCCUUGAUACAAAGCCUUCUUGGUGAGUACUUCAAAUAUAAAAUUCUUAAACAGAUUAAAUGAUUAUAAUUAAUGGACUGCAUUUCCUUUGUGUAAAAGAAAUAUAAGAAAACGGGAAGGCCAAGCUUGAAUUCAUAAACAUGACAAAAGAUUUUGACAUUUCGGCUGAGAGCCUUCAUCAGAAAACAAGACGAAAAGAAAUAUAAAAUGCAUCAGAUCACAGUAAAAAAAAAAAAAAAUUAAAAAAACUUUAGAGAUUUCCUUUUGUUGCCGGAAGUAGGAUUAAAGGAAGUGAAAGAAUGUUGAAUAUAAUACCAGUCGAACUGUAAGAGUAUUGUGAAGUGAGAAACCAGUUGAAAUGAAGAGAAUUGUGGCGUGACAGACCAGUUGAAAACUUGCUCACGGCUACUCAUGUCGAUGUUUUAUUCUUUUCCCUACAGGAACACACGGAUUAGAAAUUACUUUGGACGGCUUUGAAGUCCUAAACUGUAGAAGUAUAAUAUGCAGAAGCGCUUAUCGGGAAUACAAUGUAACAGGAAGGAUCAUUCUGGAAGAAGGGGAGAUAAUGCCAGGAUACAUUCUCUACGAAUACAAGUGUCCGACGACCAGACGUUGUGUCACUUACCCUGGAUUAGGUGAUGUCUGGGAACUUGUAAGAUGUUUUCAAUAUUGAGGAAAAAACAGCAAUAAUCACUACACGUAUAAUCAAUUCCUAUUUCUUUACCCAGUCUUUCCCAACCACUUUAUCGUCUCAAAUCCUUUGUCCUAUAAGUUGACUAAAUCUCAAAUCCUCUGUCCUAUAAGUUGACUAAGUCUCAAAUCCUCUGUCCUAUAAGUUGACUAAGUCUCGCAUCUCAGGCAACACCCGUAUUUAAAAAUUGCAAAAAAAAUAUUUAAAAAAAAAAAAAAAAAUGGCUCUUUUACUUUCAUUUUUGUUUGACUUAAAAUUAACAGAAAAAAGAACUUAAGAAAGCACUUGAUAUGGAGCAUACGCUUAAGUAAUCUUUUUCAAACAGUUAAAAAUCACAUAUUUAAAUUAAUUUUGUUUUCUGUCCUAUAAGUUGACUAAGUCUCGCAUCUCAAGCAAAACCCGUAUUUAAAAAUUGCAAAAAAAAUAUUUAAAAAAAAAAAAAAAAAUGGCUCUUUUACUUUCAUUUUUGUUUGACUUAAAAUUGACAGAAAAAAGAACUUAAGAAAGCACUUGAUAUGGAGCAUACGCUUAAGUAAUCUUUUUCAAACAGUGAAAAAGCACAUAUUGAAAUUAAUUUUGUUUGAAAAUACCCGUCUAUUAUGUUAACUUCGCCUGAAAUCAAUUUUAAUAUCUUAUGUAUUAAAGAUAAGUUUUAAAGUGUACACAUUGUAUAUACAUGUGUACACAUGCAUGUAUUAUUAUCGUCCCUUGCGUGGUACUGGGGUCGCUGAGCGCACCCGCUGACUCCCUAAUGGGUUAUUGGGUGGUGAGUCUAAAUGGAAUUUUGAAACGUUGCUAGAGCUCUCUCAAAUUAUUAUUAUUUCAUUACAGACCUAAAUAAAUACUAAGGCAGGGGGCGACCAGAUAAGAGGACCACUAGAUAAGAGGGCCGCCAGAUAAGAGGGCCGCCAGAUAAGAGGUCCACUAGAUUAGAGGGCCACUAGCAAUGUUCCCUUUAAGCUGCGCGGCCGCACAGCAAUCUCACAGAAGCCGCGCAGCAGUUUUGAGUACCGCGCAGCUAAUUUCCACUUAAGUGUCUGUGGGCUGAAAAUUUUGCGCACAAAAAAUUGAUGCUGUAAAAAUUUGCACACAACUUUAUGGUUUUGCACAAGAACCAACAAACCUUAGAGUGAACAUUGGCCACUAGAUAAAAGGACCACUAGAUCAGAGGGCCACCAAAUAAGAAUUCCACCAGAUUAGAGGGCCAUUAGAUAAGAGAGCCACUAGAUAAGAGGCGCACCAAAUAAGAGGACCGCUAGAUAAGAGGACCGCCACAGUUGGUUAGCAUCUGAGCUGUCAGACUAGGAGGAUAUUUGUGGGGAAGUCUGUAGUGAAUGACUCAAUGAGUUUAGCGCCGUGGUUCACAAUUACCCCCGGGAAGGGGGAGGGGGAGAUGAAAAAGGGGGGGGGGGGGGGGUCAGCCCCUGGGAAGGCACUUUUUCUAUAUAUGUCACAUGUGGCCUAGCAUCAUUGGCCACGUUAAAUGAAUACAAAUGGGGUCUUAGGUUUAAGUAAGCAAGGCAUAACUCUUUUUAACAUCGAAUUCUACUCGAUAUUAUCAGAGAAUGGAAUUCCAACAUGAUAUUUAGUCUUUUAUUCUCACUUUAUGACAAAGGAAUAUUAUGAAGAAAAAGGGAGAGAAGUAAUAUAAAAUUAUUUGUCAAAAUUGGACGUUAUCAAGCAUAUAUAUAUUUUUUUAAAGACCUGGAUUGAUGAAAUAACACGUCUAAUGCUGGUCCAUGUGAAAGUUGGAAUAAUAUUGCAGUAAAAUAUUAACGAUAUUAAGUGAACAAAACACAAAUAGACAUUGUUUAAUGGUUAGAUUUUAAUUUCACUGAUUUUGUUUAUGACGUCCCUUUUCGAUUUCUUUCCCCAAAACCAUGUUUUGCUUGGUCUUAUAAGUAAAUCCUCGACUGCGACUACGACUUUGAAAAGUAUCCGGUGUUAGCACUCUACAUGUUAACUCCGGUUACAUAUGUUAUGAUCAUGUCGUUUGUGUCUCUAGGUACAAACACGAUAGUGACAUAAGGGUGUCUAUGUAGUAUUCAUGUAUAGUGAUAGAUCAAUGCAGUACGCCAAGCCUGGGGCACAUUGAUUCAUGGUACUAAGAACCUGAGCAUGAAGUAUGCCAAGCCUGGGGCACAUUGAUCCAUGGUACUAAGAACCUGAGCAUGAAGUAUGCCAAGCCUGGGGCACAUUGAUUCAUGGUACUAAGAACCUGAGCAUGAAGUAUGCCAAGCCUGGGGCACAUUGAUUCAUGGUACUAAGGACCUGAACAUGAAGUAUGCCAAGCCUGGGGCACAUUGAUUCAUGGUACUAAGGACCUGAACAUGAAGUAUGCCAAGCCUGGGGCACAUUGAUUCAUGGUACUAAGAACCUGAGCAUGAAGUAUGCCAAGCCUGGGGCACAUUGAUUCAUGGUACUAAGGACCUGAACAUGAAGUAGGCCAAGCCUGGGGCACAUUGAUCCAUGGUACUAAGAACCUGAGCAUGAAGUAUGCCAAGCCUGGGGCACAUUGAUUCAUGGUACUAAGAACCUGAGCAUGAAGUAUGCCAAGCCUGGGGCACAUUGAUUCAUGGUACUAAGGACCUGAACAUGAAGUAUGCCAAGCCUGGGGCACAUUGAUUCAUGGUACUAAGGACCUGAGCAUGAAGUAUGCAAAGCCUGGGGCACAUUGAUUCAUGGUACUAAGGACCUGAACAUGUAGUGCGCCAAGCCUGGGGCACAUUGAUUCAUGGUACUAAGGACCUGAACAUGAAGUAUGCCAAGCCUGGGGCACAUUGAUUCAUGGUACUAAGGACCUGAGCAUGAAGUAUGCCAAGCCUGGGGCACAUUGAUUCAUGGUACUAAGGACCUGAACAUGUAGUGCGCCAAGCCUUGGGCACAUUGAUCCAUGGGGCUAAGGGCAUGACCUUAGUAUGCCAAGCCUAGGAACCGUGACACACUCGGGGCUAAAUACCUGAACAUGUAGUACGCUAAGCCUGGAACACCUUGGACACAGGGGGCUAAAUGACUAAAUAUGUUGAAUAAAAAGCCUGGGGCACCUUGAGCCAAUUGAGCUAAAUUACUGAAAAUGUAGAACCAAAGCCUGUCGCACCUUGAGAAAAUGGAGCUAGAGUGCUGAAAAUGUAGAAUACAAAGCCUGGGGCACCUUGAGCAAGUGGAGCUAAAGUACUGAAAAUGAAAAGAACAAAAUACCUAAAUACCUAUAUGAUUUAUAACUACCUAGCUAUAAUACGAAUAUGUAGGUGAGCAGGAACCCAUGGGAAUCCAUACGAAAAUAUACACAUAAAUAUCACAUGAUACAAGAAAUAAAGUCAACAAUGUGAACGUGAAUUCAUUAGAACAUAGUUUCUUAACCGUUUUCAGCUCCGCUAGAGCUCUUCAUUUCAUAUAAUUUCUCUUGUGCCAGUCUUGAUUUUAAAACAUUGUUCUCACAUCCCCCAAAAUUAAAAUGAUCAAAACACAAAUAGAACGGACAUCUUCUGUGCCUUCCCACAAACUCUGAUAAUGAAUCAGGCACCCCAUAGCUCACGAACACCCACAUUUUAAAAACCCUUGAAGUCGACCAUUGAUUUUCUGAACUAAUUAAGGGUUUAUUUAGUCGUUGAGCAUUCUGCGCUAUUUUAUAUCAAUUUUACAUUUUUUCAUACCGUAAUAUGCCCGUCUCAGUAUUUUGUGUAGCCUACACUCCUGCAGUAAGUAUCUCGAUUUUUACGUGCAUUAUGAGGUGGGGAUAGAAAUUGUUUUACCUGUGUUUGAACGCAAAUGCUGCAUGCCUUGCAUGUUGAGAACGAUGUUAAUGACAAUCAGAUACGGGCAUUCGGAUAACAGACAUGAGGGUAUAUCGACACUUUACUGUACUAUCUAACAAAUUUUAAGCAAAAUAAAGUUUAGAUCCUAAUACCGUGCAUAAUUUACACAUAAACUGAAUAAUUUCAUACACAGUAAAUGAAGGUGCAAUUCUGCCUACGACGUCUGUAAGUCGUGUCAAGUUAUGCCGCCUAACGAGAGUAAAAUAAAACUACUAAUUAAACAUGUUUGGAAACCCACAAAUGUUUACGAUUGAUAAGUUACCAAUUGUUGUUUCCUUUUUAAUGUUUAGCAAUUUAAAAAAAAAAAUGACUGCUUUGUCCUAAGCUCUAUAACAAAAAAUAGAAACAGUCUUGCUUGAAUUUAGAACAAGAUAGACUUAUUUUUACACCUACUUACUUGAGUAUUAAAUAUUACGUCUUUGCGUUUUCAGUUUAUAGCAGUAGAUGCCGGAAAAUGCGCUUAUGAGACGUAUCGGUGGGGCUGUAAGUUGAUAAGUGGACGAACCUACAGGCACUUCUUUGGGAGAUCAUUUUUUUAUUUGUUCAGAUUGUGUACAGUUAGGGCACGGAUGGUUGCCGACAAAACCUACGCAUGGCAGACCCCGAUAAAUCCAACUGGAAAUAAACAUGUCAGCAAUGAACUAAAUAUGUCAGAUUACAAAAGUAAGCAUACCAUAUUUUUUAAUUCCAUUAAUUCACAUGUAUGCAAACAUGAUUUCAUUCCAUAUUUGGAUAACGAUUUUUGUUUGUCUAUUUUAAAAUUGGGACACACACUAGUUAUACAAAAGAGUAUAAUUUUCUGUGCUAUAAACAAUGAGAAUAUAUUACUAGAGGUAGGCUAUUGAGUUAGAUACAAUUUUUUUUUCAAACACAUAUUUUACCGGUAUUUCUCUUCUCAUUUUGCUAAUGGAAAUAUUAUCUACUGGCAUGUAUAAUUCGCCUUUUUGUUUUAAAACGAAAACAAGGGGCUUGUAAAUAAAAUAAAAAUAUUGAGCCGAAAUUGGCACAAUCAUAAUUUAAUAAAAUGAUGUUUUGAAUUACACAAGUGCGUGUCAAUAAACUUAUUUUUGUGGUACGCCCUUCUCAUAUGUAUAUUAAUAAGGCUUUAUUCCAUUGUGAACAAAGAGACUUCAUUAUCAUUUUACGCUUGUAAAGCUUGGGGAUACUAGCGGGAUGGAAGGCAAUUCUUCUUUACCUCGCUGCUCGAACUCUUUGUGCGUUCAUUCACGUUCUAUACAUAAGACUCCAGAUGUGAGCCUUAUUUAGACUCUAAACAUUGUUCUCCAGUAGUGAGUCUUAUUUACUUUGUAAAGAUUGUACCCCCAGAAGUGAGUCUUAUUUACACUGUUAAGGUUGUACUCCUAAAGUGAGCCUUAUUAACACUCUAACACAAUGAGCCUAAUGAUAUAUCAAUAAACUCUUCAAUGCUUUCUUCAUUUAAUCUAGAUGAUAGCAGCUAUUCUUCACAGUACGAUGCAAGCCUUGAAAAGGAUGAUGUUCAAGUUCCAUGUGGGUCCAUGUCAUUCUCUCGUAGUGGCGCAGACAAAAUACAUCUACCAGGUAUUACAAUGUUCGUGUUCAUAGUUUCAGAGGAACGUUUAUUCUAUUUAAUUACUUAAAACGCCUAGGGUGUAGACAAGGGUGUUUCUAGAGGGUGUAGACAAAGGUGUUUCUAGAGGGUGUAGACAAAGGUGUUUAUAUAGGGUGUAGACAAGGGUAUUUCUAUAGGGUGUAGACAAAGGUGUUUCUAUAGGGUGUAGACAAAGGUGUUUCUAUAGGGUGUAGACAAGGGUGUUUCUAUAGGGUGUAGACAAAGGUGUUUCUAUAGGGUGUAGACAAAGGUGAUUCUAUAGGGUGUAGACAAGGGUGUUUCUAUAGGGUGUAGACAAAGGUGUUUCUAUAGGGUGUAGACAAAGGUGAUUCUAUAGGGUGUAGACAAAGGUGUUUCUAUAGGGUGUAGACAAGGGUGUUUAUAUAGGGUGUAGACAAAAGUGUUUCUACAGGGUGUAGACAAGGGUGUUUCUAUAGGGUGUAGACAAGGGUUUUUCUAUAGGGUGUAGACAAAGGUGUUUCUACAGGGUGUAGACAAGGGUGUUUCUAUAGGGUGUAGACAAAGGUGUUUCUAUAGGGUGUAGACAAGGGUGUUUCUAUAGGGUGUAGACAAAGGUGUUUCUAUAGGGUGUAGACGAAGUCGUUUCUAUUGGGUGCAGACAAAGGUGUUUCUAUAGGGUGUAGAUGAAAUAGGUUCAAUGGAGUGUUAUAAAGGUGUUUCUAUAGGGCAGGCCUUCACAACAUACGGCGCGCCAGCACCCAAUUUGCGGGCUGCAAAGUAACGAAAUAUGUUGUAUUAUUAUUAUUUUAUUAAUAGCUUUUCCCCCGUCCUAUUUCCCUGCGGCCCACAUAAGUUGUUCAUUAAGUAUUACGACCCGCAUUAAAUUUAGAGUUGUUUGUGCAGGCCUGUUGUAGUGUGUGGAUAAAGAUGUUUCUAUAAGUUGUAGAUAAAAAUAGUUUUAACAUCUGUAAAGACACUAUAAAGUCCUCAUAUGCUGUAAGGUUUAAAUCAAUAUACUUUGUCUGCAAAGACAACUAUUGUUAAUUUUGUAAAACUCUAUAGAGCAAUAACACAAUCAAUGUCUUGGAGUUGAUGGAGAUGAUAGUCGGUAAGAUCAUGAUGAAACACACAAUAUAAACUUAAUUUCUUUAAUGCCAUAUCAGUGUUCUUUUAUUUUUCCAUUUAAAUAGAAAUAGAUAUUUAUUUAAAAUAAAUGUUCUAAAAUGUAUUUAAGUUUAUAAAGAAUGUUAUUUUAUUAUUAUUUUUUUUUUUUAUUUUGUACAUUAUAAUUUAUUCCCAGAUGCGGUAUUGAUUAUCUUGGGUUCAGAAAUUGCCAUCAACAGGAUUGUUUUCUACUAGCAAGAGUCAGGCUCCUUAGAACAUUGAGUUCAAGUCAAGGCUUGAAAUCGCCAAGUCCUAAGCCAAAGAAUGCAGACAUUUUAAUAUUUUAGGUUCAAACCUAGCCAGCCUCAACAUUUCUUAUGAUUUAUUCUUAGACGUUGAAGACGAUAUAGAGAAAAGAAAUUCAGCAACAUGCAUCCUAUUUCCUUUAGUUUAUUCUCAGACACAUUGAUAUUUCUCUAUGAGAUAAUGUAAACGAUGAUAGAUUGACACAAGAUAGUGUAAAAUGGAAAUGCCAAACCAUCAAAUUGAAGACUGGUUUGUGCAGCAAAACUGACAUAAAAUAAAUUGCGUUAUUUUUUUUGCUUUGCCGACCGAUUUUUCCAACAAAAAUUCACCAAGUCACACUCAAAAUGAACGAAAAAUCACAAGGAAUGCAUUGAAAUAAAAGUGUAAGAAAUUGAUUAGUUGUAAAGUUAUUGGGGGUUGUGGCAGAACUAAACAUAAAGGUAAUUAAAAAAAAUACGCUGAUAUCUGGCAAUCAACAAAAGAACAGCAUAUUUUGAUUCAACAUUUUGCUUUGAAAAUAUAUCCAUAAAUAAUUUAAUUUCAUACUAUAC